AUGUUCACGCGUGUGAGAGACGAUCGUCGGUCAGAGAUCGAUUUCAUUCGUCUCGUAUUGGCAGGUAGGAUCGGGCCAGAGGCAGACGAGGAAGUCGACCGGUGCCACAUCACCCUGAAUGCCCAGCAAGGCAUUCCCCGUCUUCCUCCUCGACGUGAAACCACCAUCACUCGCGACAUUGACUUUGUCAUCGGAUUAUCACGUUCGUUGCCUUACACAACGGCACUGUCGGUCUGGCCCGUCCCUCCUUUCAAGGAGACUUUGAUUAAGGAUAACCAUCUCAAGAGUCGCGCAUACGACCCUGAGGGUGACGAGAUCCAAGUCCCCAUGCACGAAAUUCCCAACGUCCCUUUAGGGAAAGUGGAACAGCGGCACGUCGUCAGGAUUUUUUCCCCCAGAUUAUACACCGCAGCGUCCGAAGACCCGUCUCGGGUCGGAUUGUCUCAAGAGGACUUGGCGCUUAUAUACGACCGCUGCCUUCGUCAUACGAUGAUACAGUAUUUACCUGAAACAAGAUAUAGAUGGCCGACCUCUUAUAAUAUCGCCUUGACCCAUGCUAGAACAUCCACCGGCUCCCUCGCAUUCGACACCGUCGACAUCGCUUGGCGUGUUUUGGAGCAGCUUGCUGAGAUUCGGGCACCGCUGAACAAGACCUUGAACUGGCUGCCUACUAUCCUAGAGGACCUCGUCCAGCUCUCCGUCAUUGCAAUCGACAGCAUACUGUGGUGGUAUUUGGUAUACUGUGGUCUCGCUGCCAUUCGUUUGGUACUCGUGACUCAUUUCCUAUAUUGUCGUCUCAUGCUCGUGAAUUUGUCCAGAGCGAAUGUCAGGACACUCUCUCUGGAUGCUACAUUGGCACUCAGUGCUGUAUGGAUUUACACGCACAACGCUUGCUUCAGCCCUCUUGAAGUGCUCCGAGUCGAAGACCCUGACGACGCGGAUGAAGACGCCACACUAUGCCCGCUCUAUAUGACAGCGGUGCGCACACUUCUUCAGUCUGACGAGAGCGAUGAGGACGAAGUAGCCUCCGAGGGCAAUGAUUAA